AUGGAUUCUUUCUGCCUCAAUGACACUGGCUCCACCAUAGAGAACAAGGCUAUGGAGGGAAUCAUCUCACCAAUGACCACUCAACUUUGCCACCUGCUCAUCUCAAUGGAGAGGAAAGUUAUACACAAUGAUGUAUUUGCCUCUUUGGAGAUGAUGGCAGCUGAACUGACAAAUGCUAGUGAAGAGUUUGUGCAAGUUGCCCACAGGCUGGCAGGAGACUCUGACCAGUGGCUCAGAGAGGAAAUGAAGCCAGUGGCUGAAUCUCUGAUCCUGUCUGGGAGGAACAUCACACUGGUGGCUCAGAGGCUCCAUCUGCAACCAGAAAGUCAGUGCCAUCGGGAAGAGCUAGUGGCCACAGCCCAGCAAAUUCUAGUGGGCACCACCAAGAUCCUGCUCCUGGAAAACGCGGCGAUGGCCAGGAAAACUGUGCGAGCGGCGGGUUGGUGCCUGGCCUGCCUGGACGCGCUGGAGGCGGCUGAGGACGCCAGCUCUCUGCGCAGCUCCCUCACCGACCUGGCCGAGGCCCUGCAGCGCCUGGGCCGCCUGAGUGCGCGCGGGCGCGGGCGGGAGGAGCAGCUGGGCCGCGCCGGGCGCCGGCUCCGGGGCUGCGUCCCGGCCCUGCUCGCGGCCGCCCGGGGCCACGUGCGGCACCCGCGCGACCCGCAGCUGGCGGAGUCCCGGCGCCACGUCUUCGCUCAGGCCAGGAAAAUCCUCGCCGACCUCCUGGAGGGACUGGAGCCCGGCACGGAGACCCGAGAGUUCCGCACUCAGGACCGGGCGUUCAGCCGGCGCCUGGGGCAGCUGCGGGAGCUGCUGGCGGUGUCCGCGCCGGAGCGCCUGCGCGGGGGCCUCCUGGACGCGCUGCCGGCCGGGGUGCCGGGACAUGGCUUGCGACUGGCUGCCUGCUCCGCGCUGCCGGAGAGGCUGAGCCUGGUGGCCCGCUGCAGCCAGCCGCUGGAGCUGGGGAGCGCCAGCGACCGGCGCCUGGCUCCGGGGGAGGAAGGCGCGGCGCUGCAGGCUGCCACGGAGGCCCUGUCCCGGGGAGUCCGCGCCGGGCUCCUGCGCCAGAUCCUGGACACGUUCACAGACACCCACAGUCCUCUCGAAAGGCUGCUCCAGGCUGCCUUGGCCACUUCCACACCCAGUUCCCCUGGGGACGGCCAGGCCUGGUCACAGAGCCUCCAGGUUUUCCUCGAUGCUUUCCAGGACCAGGCCAACCAGAUGCUCCAAGUAGCUCGCUUGGUCUUGGCUUGCUGCCACACACCACAGACUGGCAGAGACCUGGAGGUGGCCGUAGCAGGGAUUUGGGGGCUCGUGGGCAGAGUGCAGCAGCUUUUCUCACAAAGUCCCCAAGGGUCUAGACUCGACUGCAGCCCUGCCAUUCUGCAAGAUCUGCUUCAGGCCUGGGCCUGGGCAUCCGAACGACUGCUGGCAUGUUUUGAUGAUGUUCUGAAUAUUCCCGAAUUCCUGAACGUGUCUAUUCAGGAAAUGAUCAGGCACUUGAAUCUAUUUAUGUGGGCUCCUAGGGGUGAACAUUCCAGAGAGUUCUCCGGAUUUGUGGCAUAUUUACAAAGUCGAGCCGCACACAUAGUGCAGGUAAUGAAUAGAUAUGUGGACCAAGAUCGCGACCCCAUUUUCCGCAAUGGUCUUCGAGUCUUGAUCCAGCAGUUGGAGCAAUCUUCGCUGGUCCUGGGUUCAGUGUCUGGACACAAAUCAGGCUACAGCCCUCAGGAUAAACUCACAGUUUUAACCAUGGCCAAACAUCUUAUUUAUUCAGCUCAGCAAAUUCGAGAAGGGCUGGAUGGGACAAACCACCCAGAUAUCCUCAGUCCCCUUCGAAGUCAAGUUCAAAGGUCUACUGUUGCUAAGAAACAGUGUUAUUUUAUUUUCCCUAGACUCCAGGUCUCCACAGCUACUGAAAGGAAAUACCAGAGGUUGCCUGGCUCAGAGGAAACAGAUCUGUGUACCUCUUUCCUACCAAAGGAACCAUCUUCCUGCUGCUCAGUUCCUGAUAGCCCACAGAAGAUGAGUACUUCUCUCCCUAUCACCAGCAAACUCCCUCUUGCUGUAGACAGCCAGCACCACCAGGUGGUGGCCUCAGUUUGCAACGGUUUGCCAGAGAAGGAUGCAGCUGGGGAAGGACCACCCACAACAAUGAGAAUGAUAGGACCCCAAGAAAUCCCCUCACAGACACCUUCCAUUACUGACCCAGCAGUGGAGAAAGCCCAUAGUAGAACUUCUGGAAAUAAUCGUCUCUUAGAAGUGGCUUUCCAGCUGUCUGAGAGGACCAGGGAAAGCAAACAGGGUUUGGUCACUAUAGCUGGUGACUGGUACCCUCUGUGCCAACAACUCUUUUGUUCUAACCCAACAGCUGACUUAUCAGAGAACAUGGCAGUGUUCAUAGAGCUCCAGCAGAAGUUAGCCUCAGUGGUCCAGCUAACAGCUAAAAGUGGGCCCACGGAUUUUGACAAAAAGGACCUUGACUCAUUGGGACAUCCAGAAACACUCACACGAAUGCAAGGCAGAUUGGAAGAGGCAGAGAUCCAUGCUAAACAACUGUUGGACAAAAUUCUGGCCUCUGAUGGUCUCCAUGCCCCCAAAUUGUGGGAAGAGAGCAUUGAGAAUGGGUGUCUUCUGUGGUCAGUGGCUGUCCAAGACUUGAUCCAGUACAUGAAGAGGCUCAGUAGAAGACGAGGCCUCUUCCUACUGCCCCUGCGACAGGCAGUGAAGGAACAGCAAGGGUUGCAGGAAGGGUUGGACCAGGCAGUGGAUGUGAUUCAAAGGCUACAAGGGGCUGCCAGGCUGUCUAGCCUUCUAUGUGGGGAUGAACAUGUAAAGGGUGAGGUCUGCCUUCUGAGCAGGGAAGUGCAUGUACUCACAGAUGCUCUGGCAGAUGUAGCACACAUCCUGAUCUCCUCCCCUAAACCGUCUCCAAGCCUGUCCACGCGUUUUGAACUUCUCUGCUUGGAGCUCACCCUUCAAGCCAUGGUCCUGACCAGCCACCUCAGCAGCAUUAAUGCCGACUAUGAGUCUGCCUUCCAAGAUGCUGUCUGUCCAAUGCUGCCUGUCUGUAAGAACCCCCAGUCCAGGACAAACAGCUUCCUGGAGAGCAUGGUGUCUGGUAUCCAGGAUGUACAGGAGAUCAUAGCCAAAGGCCAAGAGCCAGGGUACUGCCAGGAAGAUCUGACUAUGGCUCUGGAAAACCUUCUCAUCACCACCAAUGAGGUAGCCCUCAAGCUCCCCGGGCUCCAAGGACACCCAGAGGAAUGGGGACUGCACGUGCUGGACUGGCUUAGGUUGGAAUGGGCAGCCAAAGCCCACCAUGCAGUGUCUCAGCUCCAGGCCUGGCAGGGUGGUCACACCCAAGCCUGGAGACUCCUGGUCCAGUGCUUGAAACCCAGGAAGGAACCAGCGAGGGCCUCAAAACAGGACCUUGUCCAGGCCCAGCCCCACCAUAAGGAGAGUUCAGCAGGAGCUACUGCAGGGUGCAUUGUGGGUUCUCCAGGUUGUGUCCCCAGAGGGACUCCAGGGAGCUCAACAGGGACCUGCACUGCUGAGCCAGGCAUCACUAGGACUACCACAGGAGACAUGGGCAUGAAUGACAUCACUUGGCCCUCCCCUGGCUGUCCAGACAGACCCCGUGCUGAGAUGGACCAGCCUCUCCAGGAGGAUGGCAGCACCGACAGUGAGGACAAAAUUACUCAGCUUACUCAAGAGAUGGCCAACGAGGUGCUCCUGAUGGCAAAGAGUUUGAAGAAAAGAGGGCAAAUCCUGACCAAAGACCAGCUUAUUACUUCUGCUAGGAAAACUGCAACUUCUGGGUACAACUUCAGCAGACUUAUCUGCAUCAUUGCUAAGAACUGCAUAGAUCAAAGAUGUUCCCAGGAGCUUUUGUGCAUGGUGGAACAGAUCCAAACAAUGAGCAACCAGCUCCGCAUCAUCUCCAGUGUAAAGGCCUCCCUAAAGAGAAGCAAGUCCUCUGAAGAGCUCCUGGUGGAAAAUGCACAGCAGCUUCUCCAGGCUGUUUCCAAGACUGUGAGAGCUGCAGAGGCUGCAAGUCUACAGGGUUUGAGAACACCUUCUCUGGAUCCAGAAGAGUUGGAGGUUACUGCCUUCUGCACACAGUGGAGAAGGAAACUAGAAAGACACAGACGUCAAAAAAUCUCAAAUGUAGAUUGUGAUGAGCUGGGCCUGCGAAAAACAAGCACCAAAAUGCCACCCGCACUUGGGGCCUUGGUUCAGAGAGCUUUAUAA